AUGGAAGUGUCAAAGGUGCUUGUUCAAAGUUGUUUGCUGUAUGAUUUUAAUGUGGGACUGUCAGCAGCAGAAUCAAGUCGGCAAGUUUGCCAGGCCUUUGGGGAUGAUGGCGUUAACAAACAAACCACUAGACAAUGGUUCCAGAAGUUCAGGUCAGGGGAUAUGUCUUUUAGUGAUGCACCACGCAGUGGUUGGCCACAAGCGCUGAAUGAUGAGGCCCUGAAAGCAGCCAUAGAGAACGACAGUAGCCAAACAUGUGGUGAGCUUGUUGCACACUUCCAGAUAUCUGAUGAAAACGAUCAACCUCCAUUUGCACUGCAUAGGAAAGGCAUACAAGCUGAGCAAGUAGGUACCCCCACUCACUGUCUGAUGCAAACAAGCAACAGUGUGUAG